AACGCCAAAAAAUCACGCAAGCAUGUUUUCGCUGUAUAUUCUUCUUGCCUUCAUUACAUUUCUCUUCCUGCGUUAUUUGCUGCGGCUAUUGCUACCAAGACCUAGAGUGACAAACGUUGACAGCAAAUAUSUCUUUAUUACUGGCUGUGACUCGGGUUUUGGUAAAAUGACUGCAGCGCGCUUGGAUCAGAUGGGAUUCCAUGUUAUCGCGGCUUGCUUGACCGACCAAGGCAAAGAUAACAUCAAGAAAAUGUGCAGUGAUCGUUUGAUAAGCGUUAGUUUAGAUGUGACUAACUCAAAACAGAUUCAAGAUGUGGCUUUCAAAGUGAAGGAGCUUGUAGGUGACAAAGGUAUCUGGGCGUUGGUCAACAAUGCAGGAGUGAUGACCAAUGGACCAAUAGAAUGGUUUCACAUUGACGAAUUUAAGAAAAUGGCUGAUGUCAACCUGUGGGGUGUGAUUGAAGUCACACAAGCAUUUCUACCAUUGUUGAAGAAAGCUAAGGGUCGGGUAGUGAACUUAGCAAGUAUGGCAGGGUUUUUUAGUACAUUUAGUCUGGGACCCUAUUCAGUCACCAAAUAUGGCGUAGAAGGCUUCUCAGAUGCCCUUCGCCGAGAGAUGGUURACUUUAAUGUCAAAGUGUCAAUCAUUGAACCAGAAGCAUUCAAGACUGCACUGGUUGAUGGGAUAUGGGGGGAAAAGCUAGAUGCAUUAUGGGACAGAUUGGCCGAUGAAACGAAAAGUGAAUAUGACCUUGAAAGAGUUCGUGAAAGAAUCAAGAAGCUCUUUACAGCUGGAAUAAAUAAUAAUCCAUCUUUGGUGGUAGACGCCAUAACUGAUGCUGUGACAUCUUGUGACCCAUCAMGACGUUAUCUUGUUGGUUUUACUGCAAAAUUUGUCGCUCUKACUUGUCUGCUUCCAACUAGAGUUCAGGACUUUGUGUUGUCGUUAGAGGAUACGAUAGGAAAGAUGCUAGUAACACUUGGUGUCCGUUAAAGCCGUAUAUAUGAAGCUUAAGACAUGUCUGUAAUCGAAAAUUUAUUUUUACAAUCAUGAGUAAUAAUAGUYAGCUUCACUCCACACUUAACCAUGUAAACUAUUGACAUCACAUACAUUGAAUUUUACACUGUYAGAAAAACUCUUUAUUGAUGUUUUACACCCAUUGGUCAAACUUUGUUUUUACAUUGAGGGCCACCAUAACUCAUUUUUAUCAGCAUAACAAAACACAUUAACCUGMUUCAAGGUGUUUUGCUAUACUGAUUAAAAUCAAUUCAAGUUAAGAUAAGURGACAAAAACAAAGAAAGAAAGAAGGACAGAAAGAGUGUUUUAAUGUUUCCUUUUGACUUAAAUUGUAGUUGUCUGUUUACUUUUAUAGUUUUUCUUGUCUUAUUCAUAGUGAAGGCAAAAAAAACAGAGGUAAUUUAUUGAUAAAAAUUACAUCUUUUAAAC